GUUUGUGAUUUGCAACGUGUUGCUUUCGGCUGAAAGCUUUAAUUCCGAGUUUGAGCGCGCGCACAACAUUGCCUCAACCCCCACGAACCAGACCAUGAUUAUUAUCACAUUUGCAAAGGGCGCAUCGUACGUACCAUGAACCGUACUGGUGAAAUGGGUGGUGUCGAAUUGGUCUGCCGACUGGUCGCAGCGACUCCUCCUUAUCUGUACAGCCCUGCCGGUCCUCCUCACUCUUACUUCUUCAGCGAACUUCUCCGAGGACUCGUCGCCAAAAGAUGCGCUUCUCCUCCUUCCCCAGACUCUUCGAAAAGGAUAAGACUCAUGUCGAGGGGCUCGGCAUUCGUUGCUCCGAGCAUCGGCACUUCGGUGACACCCGUGAGACCCGCAAACCAGCUCGCACCCACGACCAAUCCACUCGCAACUUCUUACAUACUCCCUAGGCUCAAAGACGUAUACACUAAAGUAACAGAGGAAAAGAAACAAAAGGAACCACUUCCGGCCGUUAUCGGACUCGAACUCGUUGUCGACUACGUCAAACACGAAAAAGAACCCGCAAAACAUUAGCUUUGAGUACCAAUUUGUAGACGCGACGAUUGAUUUUUGUAUAUAACUGUAUGAUAAAAUAUAAUAUUGUAGUUAUUUAGUAAAAGAUUAACUCGUUUAAAACUUUCAUUUGAUGAAACUUGAAUACCUUCGACAUUUAUUGCUAAAAGGGUUAAUAAACGACCUAAUAACCUGUAUAUUAAGAAUUUUGAAUAAAUUGAGAUAUGGGGAUGUUUAAAUUUUAAAAAAUAUAUGAUGAAAUAGGUUCUUCCAAUUUGUUACUGAAAAGAAGACUAGUACCCCACAACUUACGUAACAAAACAUUUUCUUUUUUUAAAUAAUAAAUUAAAUGUAUUACCAUAAUAAAUUAUGACGGACUUGAAAGUUGGGUCUUCGAUCGUACAUUGAGAUUGUUAGUAGUCAUGACGACAGGAGAACAAUGGACGUGUGUGAGUGUAUGACAGAUGGAACGUCGAGUUCACAAUGCUACAAUGGUCCUCUCCCAUUGCAAAAUUAUAACAACCAGCAAUUAUAAAUACUUCUGGAUUAUAUUUCAUUAAGCAUCCCCUGUCCUUUAAAACCUUAUUGUUUGAUAAAAUCUGUUACAUUCAAUUUAAACCUAUUAAAAAGUAAAUAUGUACAAUACAUUACAUUGUAAAAAAAAAUUAAUGAAACAUUAAAUAAAUAUUAUUUAACGUAUAGACUAUAAAUAAACGUAUGAAAUGAAUUUGUCCAUUAAAUUAGCAGGGUGUGAGAGUUGUUACAACAUAGAAAAAUGAUUAAGAAUAAAAGAAAACCCUGGAAAUGCAAAAACACAGCAAGAAGGAUCACAAAAGACUUCAAAAUAUUCCACAGAAUCCAUUCUGAAUCUGACUGCAUUUAUUUUCAGUUCAAACUAAUUAACCUGGAAAAGUGGUGCAUCAACAACUGUUUUGUUGUCCGGAAAAUAAUGCAUUGAUGUCACCUUGUUAAUAUAAUUAUGAUUGUUACUUUUACCAAAACAAUUUGAUUGUUGAUUAUUAUUCUUUUAAUUAUAGAUCUUAUUUUUAUAUUGUA